AUGCGGGAGGGGAGCGCGGGCGGGCGCGGCGCGGAGAACAGGACGGGCGGCGAGCCCCCGCUGCAUCUCUUCCCCGCGCCCGUGCUCACCGGCAUCACGGUGGCCUGCGUGGUCCUCUUCGUCAUCGGGAUCUUCGGCAACCUGAUGACCAUGCUGGUGGUGUCGCGGUUUCGGGACAUGAGGACCACCACCAACUUCUACCUGUCCAGCAUGGCGUUCUCCGACCUGCUUAUCUUCCUCUGCAUGCCCUUGGACCUGUUCCGCCUCUGGCAGUACCGACCCUGGAACUUCGGGGACCUCCUCUGCAAGCUCUUCCAGUUCGUCAGCGAGAGCUGCACCUACUCCACCAUCCUCAACAUCACCGCCCUCAGCGUGGAGCGGUACGUCGCCAUCUGCUUCCCCCUGCGCGCGAAGGUGAUCAUCACCAAGAGGAAGGUCAAGCUGGUCAUUCUCAUCCUCUGGGCCGUCUCCUUCGUUAGCGCCGGCCCCAUCUUUGUCCUGGUGGGGGUCGAGCACGAGAACGGCACCAACCCCCUGAGCACCAACGAGUGCCGAGCCACGGAGUACGCCAUCCGCUCGGGGCUCCUCACCAUCAUGGUCUGGACCUCCAGCAUCUUCUUUUUCCUGCCCGUCUUUUGCCUGACCGUGCUGUACAGCCUCAUCGGGAGGAAGCUCUGGAGGAGAAAGAGAAAGAACAUCGGUCCGAACACGGUCAUCAGGGACAAGAACAACAAGCAAACUGUGAAAAUGUUAGUUGUGGUGGUAUUUGCUUUCAUACUCUGCUGGUUGCCUUUUCACGUAGGACGAUAUUUAUUUUCCAAAUCCUUUGAAGCCGGAUCCUUGGAGAUAGCAGUGAUCAGCCAGUACUGCAACUUGGUGUCCUUUGUCCUCUUCUACCUUAGCGCCGCCAUCAACCCCAUCCUCUACAACAUCAUGUCCAAGAAGUACCGAGUCGCCGCUUGCCGGCUGUUUGGACUCAAACCCCUUCCAAAGAAAAGACUCUCCAGCACGAAGCAGGAAAGUUCGCGCGUGUGGACAGAACCGAGCGUCACCACAUGACACGGCGUGCAGAGCUCCAGAGCAUCGCUUUCCAGCAUUACCCAGAAAGCCAUAACGAAAGAGACGCGGGGCGGGAAACACAAAUCGAAAAGCAAAGCUGUACUUCUGUCGUCACCUGGAUUUGCUGAAAGACGUGACGCGGGCAGUUAAGGAUUUUCAAAAACUGACUAGUCCUUGAGAAUAUCAAAGGAGACACACGGUUACAGAAUUUGGUGACACUCGAGUCAUACUUCUCUGCUGCUUUUGUCCAUAUGAUUUUUUAAUGCAGGGGAGCUAGGUUUUCCCAUCUGGAGCAGGCAAACGUAGCCCAGCUCACUUGAGAGUUUGUACGACUUCAGUAGCAGCUAAUUCGGGCUGAGUUAUUACAGAGUUAACUUUAAUUUUCCUAAAAAUUUGGCUAGCAUGUAGCCGGACCCUAAAGAGAGAAAAAUCUAAUUGCCUUUUUGGAGUAGUAAACAUAGAAUUUGAUACACUUUUCAUAAUCCAGAUUUUUAAAUAAAGAUCAAAAAGGAAAGGAGACAUACAAAUGGAUAGUUUUUAAAUAUGCUAAAAAUAAAUGACCCUUAUGUCAUGUCUGAAUAGAAAGGAAACAAAAAAAAUACCUUUAUAGAAGCAGCUUAGAACAUGGCUGUGCUGAAAUAUUUUUUGAAUAUUUAUCAGUGGGACAAGGACAGUGCUGACUUCAGGACUGCAGUGAUGCUAUAAAAACUGGGAAUGCGAUCUCCCACCAAAGUCAUUUUUUUUUACUAGCUAAUUCAUCUGUACUUGUUCUGUUCAGCUUGACUGUGAACGACUCGAUGUAGCCAAACUUGGAAGCUUUUAGUUGUUCCAGUAGUCGUGCUGCCUGUGGCUGCCUGUGCUGAUGCUGUGCCCCACCAUACCCCAGUUUGUCAGCAGUGUGAGGAGGGGGCUCCUGCCCGCGGAGCACCACGGGCUCUUGCUGCGGGCGCAGCAGGCUGUCAGAACCCGGGGUGCAGUCGUGCUGGUUUGCUGCAGUGUGAAAUUCAAAACCGCGCUCAUGUUUCAGAACAUUUUUAACUGAAAAGGCCUGAAAAAGAAAGAGAAAAAUCUGCAUCAAGACACACAGGUGGACACAUUCUCAUACUUGAUCCAUAAAAAUCUUAAACUAAAUCAAGUUUUAUAACUGAAGUAUGCCACUCAAAAACAAAGCAACCCGGAACGCUCUCCAUCCCUUACGCUAGUACAUAUGCCUUACAUCGCACCUGUUGUCACACCAACACGUGGAGUUUGUGGUCCAGCUAAUAGAGCUUAGGGGCAUGCACGUGCAAUAGCAGCUUUUAUUUAUUUGGUUCUAGUAUUUAUUGCCAGCUGGUCCACAACUGAGUCUACAGAAUGAAUUGUCUGUUUGCAAAAUUCCCGUUGCCUCCAGCCUCCUAUUACCGCCCAUGGGCCACAUUCUGCCUGUUCCUCUUCAGCUGACGGUGCUGCUCAGGUAUAAGUGAAAAGAGAAUUUGGCCUAUUCUGCAUAUUCUGUGUCUUUGGUACCACACAGAGCUUCACUAGGGCUGGCUUGCUCCCCCCUGGCAUGCUCGCUGCGAGCGCAGGCUUGAUGCGAGGACUGAAUGCAGGCGCACAAGUUAAGGGGCAAACCACAGAACUAGCUGGGGAAGCACAGCAAACGAGAGAUGCCAAAGGACAAAAUAGUGAGACGAACUUCGUUUGAAUCUCUGGAGCGGACUGAGGCCCUGGCUGGUGGGUGUUAGGAGAGCAGCAGUGCUGUAGCAUCACCCCCUGUUCGUCUCUAAUCACUUCUGCCUUUCUGUUCGUUUUGUUCUUUCAGUCGUUGCCAGCUGACAUUCAGAUCUGAUGGCAGACAUCGUGCAACUCAGGGAAACCAGAAAUAGGGGAAUCUUGAAAAGAUUGUAAAGAUGUAAGCUCACUACUAACAUGUCUGUGUAAAUGAACUGAUGACGCACCUGACAUCACAUAAGUGUUUCAAUUUUCAGCUGUGUCUGUGGUAUUAAAUGUGAACAGAAAAAGAAAUAAAGUCAUGAGACCCUUCAUAACCCUGCCGGAUCGGUGCCGCUGCGGGCGGGCUGCAGGAGCGAG